AGUUGUACAAGGUGAGAGGGUAAGAGGUUAGGAGCUUACAGAAGAAAAGGUUGAACGCUAAGAAACAAAAGGUGGGAAGGAGGGAUGAAACUGCAAAAGGCCGCUGUUUAGGAACUUGAACCAAUAGAGGAAUGGUCAUGAAAUUCAUCAAAACCAAAUCCAUAUAUUUAUACUUCCAAAGCUCAAUUCUCAUUGGCUUUUAAGAUCUGCAGUUCCACACCCCAGUUCUGCAAAUACAUUUCCACCACCUCCACCAGCACCUCUGUUCAAAUAUUCAUUAGAAAUCGCUCCCCAGUUUCAUUCCUGGAAAGGCAGAUUAGUUUCCAGUACUACAUCUGAAAAUGAAGUUCUUUGGUUGGAUGCAAAAUAAGCUUAAUGGGAAACAAGGGAGCAGUAAACCAAAUACAGUUUCAGCUACUCGUCGUAUGAAACAAGAGCCACGAGAAGAGUUCAGUGAUUGGCCUCAUGGAUUGUUGGCAAUAGGAACUUUUGGUAACAAUGACCUUAAAGAAAACCCUCAAUGCCAAAAUACCAUUCAACAAGAUCAUCCGUCCGAUAUUCAAGAGGAACCAUCUUCCUCCGAGGAUUUACGAGAGUUUACACAGGAAGAAGUUGGGAAACUACAGAAGGAACUAACAAAGCUCUUGUCCCGAAAACCGACUUCCGAUGUGCAAAAAGAACUCGCAAAUUUACCGUUGGAUAGAUUUCUUAAUUGUCCAUCCAGCUUGGAAGUGGACAGGAGAAUUAGUAAUGCACUUUGCAGUGAUUCAGGGGACAGAGAGGAAGAUAUUGAUCGGACCAUUAGCGUUAUCCUUGGCAGAUGCAAAGACAUCUGUGCGGAAAAUAAGAAGAAAGCCAUUGGGAAAAAAUCAAUUUCUUUCCUUCUCAAGAAGAUGUUUGUUUGUGCAAGUGGGUUUUCACCUGCUCCAAGUUUGAGCGAUACACUACAAGAAUCAAGAAUGGAGAAGCUUUUGAGGGUAAUGCUUCACAAGAAGAUUUACAGUCAAAAUCCUUCUCGAGCAUCAUCCAUGAAGAAGUACUUAGAGGACAAACAAACACCAAAACGGCAAAAUAAUCAAGAUGAAACACGGGAGAGAAAGAGUGAAGAUGGAUCUAAAUGGGUCAAGACAGAUUCUGAAUAUAUUGUUCUAGAAAUCUAAAAUCUACCUUUAUAUUUGAAAGCACCAAAGCUUGCAAGCUUCCAAUGUUGAAAUCUAGGAUUCAAGAACUUGGAACAGCUGCCUUCGUUGGUUCAGAACAGGAAUUUCAAAGGAGUAAAAUCUACGAAUAAAUUUGAUGCGGUGGCUCGAAAUUACAGGACCAAAAAAUGUAUAAUUCAGACAGCAAUGAUCUCUAUUUUGUGCUAGCUGUGCUUCCCCCACUUUUUUUUCAUGGUCGUAACUGUGAAUGCAGUGCAACCCAUGUUCCCAGAUACCUCAGACGGAUGUCUGUAUUAGCACUGGCACAGCUAGACAUUAUUUAUUUUUAUCCUAUUUUAUUUCACCCUUUUUCUUUUUUAUUUGUUAAAGCUUCACCUUUUGUAAGAUGAAUUUGAGGUGAAUAAUAUUUUGAUUGACAAGAAAUUAUUGA